CAACAGAGCGGCAAGACGGCGUUGUCCGACUUUUUGUCGGACGCCACUGAGACUAUAGGAGGCGAGUACCGGCCGACACAGGGGGUCAGGGUGUCCCCUGCCUUAUGUCCUGUGAUGGACUGGCGUCCUGUCCAAGGUGUCCCCUGCCCUGUGAUGGACCAGCAUCCCAUCCAUGGAGUCCACUGCCCUGUACCUCAUGGUGGACUGGUGUCCCAUCCAGGGUGCCCCCUGCCCUCUGAUGGACUGGCAUCCUAUUCAUGAUUUCCUCCACUUUGUGAAAAGCUCCAGGCUCAUCUAGGCCUGGUUAAAAGAUGGAUGUUCUGAAUCACCUUGCUGUUAAUGAAGAACUAUCUCCUUGAUUUUCUCCACGUGAACAUCGCAUUUUGAACAAACGCCUGGUUUAUGUGAAUAAUCAUACUGUAUGUAGGCUGCUGAUUUGUGCUUAAUCACUACCUGUUCAUUCCCUCAGGAUUCUGGAGUUUGAGUCUCAAGCAUUGGAUGGCAGUGACAAAAACACGACCCUCGACGUGGAGCUGUGGGAUUGUGCUGGAGAUUUUAAGUUUGAAUCCUGCUGGCCUGUGCUGAUGAGAGAUUCCAAUGGGGUGCUAAUUGUGUUUAAUGCGGAUGUGCCCAGCCACCUGAGAGAAACAGAGACCUGGCAUUCGUCUUUCGUUUCCUCGCAGGGAAUGCAGGAAAGCCAGUGUCUACUGAUUGCACACCAUAAACCAGGAAGCUCAGCCGGCAGAGGACACCCAGCACUCGCCUCACAAUUAAGCAAACUCUCCAUAAUCCACUCCAACCUGGAAGAGGACCCGGAGCAAAUGAGACAGGCAUUCCGGAGAUACCUGGGAUCCAUAGUGAGGAUGAUGUCGGAAAGUCGUGAGCGUGAGGAGAUGUCAAUCAUCACGUAACAUCAAAGGAGCUAAGCACAAUGGAGACUGAUCCAUACUGUGGCAAACUGUUCAAUAUUAAAUGUUUCUGUCACUGCUUGUCAAUCAUUAAAUGUUUCUGUCACUGGU